CAGGCCCGCGCCUUGAGAGCCGUUGGGCUCCGCCCUAGCUCGGCCUGGGCGUCGCAGACCGGAGCCAGAAGCGCGCUCACGACCGCUUUCCUGGGAAGCUGUCCCUCGGCAGGCACGGGUGCUUUACAUCCUGAGCUGGGAAGCUGCUUGCUUGAGGGUUUUUCUCAAGGAUCGAGGCGCGGUGUGAGCCGGUCCAUGCUCAGUCCUUCUGUAGAUCCCGGGAGGCCAUGCUAUAAAAGGAGAUAAUGCUGGGAUGUGAUGGAUUGCCGCUUGAAGUAUCUUCCAUUUAGAUAAAGUAGGAAUAUUUAUACAUGAGCCCCAGCGUCCGCCCGUGUCCCCCACCCCCAAGCGGAAAUGUGAAAAUGGGCCUUGCCUUUGCUGGUGCCCAAGGACCGCCUUCCACUGCAGUGACGGCGUUGGCGGGGGAGGCGCUCUUGAGCCCCUCCCGAUUGUCCCUUUGCCUACCAGGCGAGUAGCGACUGGCCACAAGGCAGGCUUCUUCCGACCAAGCUGUUUGCAGACAAGGUUCCAAAGACAGCAGAAAAUUUUCGUGCUUUGAGCACUGGAGAGAAAGGAUUUGGUUAUAAGGGUUCCUGCUUUCACAGAAUUAUUCCAGGGUUUAUGUGUCAGGGUGGUGACUUCACACGCCAUAAUGGCACUGGUGGCAAGUCCAUCUAUGGGGAGAAAUUUGAAGAUGAGAACUUCAUCCUAAAGCAUACAGGUCCUGGCAUCUUGUCCAUGGCAAAUGCUGGACCCAACACAAAUGGUUCCCAGUUUUUCAUCUGCACUGCCAAGACUGAGUGGUUGGAUGGCAAGCAUGUGGUCUUUGGCAAAGUGAAAGAAGGCAUGAAUAUUGUGGAGGCCAUGGAGCGCUUUGGGUCCAGGAAUGGCAAGACCAGCAAGAAGAUCACCAUUGCUGACUGUGGACAACUCGAAUAAGUUUGACUUGUGUUUUAUCUUAACCACCAGACCAUUCCUUCUGUAGCUCAGGAGAGC